AGACAUGGCGUUGAGGUUUGUUCGUUGUUGAGAGGAUUGUUGUAAAUAAUCGCCUGGAAGAAUUUUUCAAAAUCAUCAGAAUGGGAGAAUUCAACCUGGACGAGUGUUUCUGCCGGGAUAUUUCCCAGAAGUUCAACGAGCAGAACCUCCAGUUCAUUCUGUCCAACCAUGGUGACAUUGAACUGACGAUGAUGAAUGACAGGAUAAGUGUUACCUUCAAAAACAAAAAUCAUCUCAUAGAGUCUUUAUUAACAGCUGAGCAUAAAAUCAGUCAACUGCGGAAGGAUUACUCACCGAUUGAUAAACUAUCGGAUGAUUGUCUCGCAAAAAUUUUCUCGUGCCUGCCAAUACCUCAGAGAUUGACGAUUGAAAAAGUGUGCAGACGUUGGAGGAAAAUCAGUCGAGCUGGCUGGCCAGAUGUCAAACAACUGAUCUGGCAAUUCGAGUACAACAAAUUCACGAGAAGAGAAGUUGAAGACGUCUUCGAAAGAUCGGGUCGUUACCUGAGAAUCCUGGAGAUCCCAGUUGAGAACGAGAGACAGAGUUACUUGACGGUGGUUCAGAGGCACUGUGAACAGCUGGAGGAGAUCAAAAUCACCUUCCCUGUGAGGCCAAUCAGGGAAUACAAUGGCGCCUUGUCUAGGAUAUUCCGGAAUUGUAAAAAGCUUUCGUCAAUUACCAUUCACAAUGUACAUUCUGACUUUACUUACGACUGUUUCGAGGAAUUGGAGCCGGAAAUUGUGACGCAAAUUCAGCUGGUGGUGGCGGAUUCUGACGUGAGGAAUACCAGGGCUUCAAUGAAUGUCUCAAAAUUCCGUUCCCUGAAGCGUUUAAAAUUCUGCAAAUUUGUCCUCGGGACUGAAGAUCUGAUUGGCUUGGAUCAACUGGAGAAUUUGACAUCCCUGGACCUGCGUUACUGCUGGGUCGACAACAGUCAAAUCAUGAAGAUCUCCAAUCUCCAGAAGCUGGAGUACCUGUCCCUAGAGGAGACAGCCUUCGCCAUUCGCGAUCACCACAUGUCGAGGAUCGCCAAGAACUGUAAAAACUUGAAGACAUUAAUAUUGUACAAUCGUUACGGAGAGCUGUCUGACAAUUCCUUCAAGGACAUCGCCAGGCUCCCCCACCUGGAGAUAUUGAACAUGGCAUUUAUAACUGGAGUGAGCGACUGUACGAUAUCAGCAAUGCAGAAUUUAAUUCAACUGGAUUGUCGAGGGUGCGAGGGCAUCGGCAACGACGGACUACUAGACUUGAUAAAAUGUGCCCCGAAUCUUCAGAAGAUAUGGGUCAGCUGGACGUCGAUAAAUCAGCACUUCCUCGAGGAGGCGAACGAAGCCAUGAAAGCACGAGCGAGUGGUGUUGCCUUGAUUCUGGAGCUGGACCCUGCCCAGAAGAAGUGGAAAAAGCCAGAGAGUCUGUCGCCAUUGCUCAUUCUCUCUGACAAUUGGUAUCAGUAGGAUAUUCCAAUCGUCAAAAAAUCUUUCAUACACCAAAUAUUAUAAUUUUAUCGUACUUUAAGUUGAUUAAUUGAUCGAUUAAUUAUUGAAAAGUGAUAUAGGACAAGUUCGACUAGUUGAGACAAAUGGAAACAUAUAUUUCUGUAUGAAAAGUGCUUAGGUAAGAGAUGAAAGGGUACAAAUAAACCUCUCUACUAAUGUUUUGAAAUGA